CAUUAAAGCAAGUCAGUUAGUGAUCGUCUGUGGAUUGAAACAGAUAACUUCAUAUCCAGAUGUUUCAAUGCUAUUUUGUCAUUGUUGCUGUUCUGUUGCCUUUACAAGGUCUUGCUGAUUUUGCGGAACAAGUAACACAUGCACUACCGGUACCCUGCCGGCUAACACUGCCAUCUACAAAGUGUCCUGAUGAUGAAAAUAUCAUAUUUCACCUCUACACCAGAAAGAAUCAAAAAGGGAGUCAGAUAGUUAAAGUAAACAAAUCUAAAGACAACAUCGAAAAAACACAUUUCAAUCCAGAUCAUCCAAACAAAGUCAUCAUUCAUGGUUUCAAACCGUUUCCAUACAAAUCACAACUAACUGCUAUAAAAGAUGCCUACUUAUCAAAGGGAGAGUUCAAUGUGUGGAUGAUAGAAUGGGACCAUCUGGCUGCCAAUGGUCUGUGCCUCUUGUUGUCUCUGACCAACACUGAACACGUAGGCAUGUGCACGGCGCAGUUGAUCAACGCCAUCAAGCGCCAUGCACCAAACUCUCACAUACAUGUAGUGGCGUACCGCGCCGGUGUGAGAGUGGCUCAUGAUCUCUCAGAGGCAAUACGGCCACUGACACUCAACAGAAUCACAGGUUUGAGUCCUAAAGGAGGCAAAAUUCCCACCGGGGAAGAUUUCUACAAAUUGGAUUUUUGGGAUGCCGACUUCAUCGACACAAUCCACACUUCUUGGUAUCUCACCACUGAACAGAUCGGACAUGUUGACUUCUAUGUGAAUCCAAACCUGUCCCAUCAGCCAGGCUGCGACAACGUGGUUGGAAGCAUAACUAAAUGUGACAGGAUGAGAGCGCUGCAGUACUUUGCCGAGUCUAUCACAACUGAAGUUGGAUUUAUUGCUUGGAGAUGUCAAAGUUAUGCUGAGUACACUUUGGGUACAUGUCAUCCUCAUGAACCAGCGAUGGACAUGGGAGAAUCUUGUCCAAUAGACGGCUCAGGAGUGUAUAUUGUCUUUACGGCUAAAGAGAGCCCUUACGCUCUCGGACACUGGGAUGAAGAACUUUACAAAGAGAAAGGCCCUCAAAUGAAAUUUAAUAUUCUUACAAAAUCCUUGACGAAUAUAAAAACCAAAAUCGAAGGAAUAAGAGAGAAAAUUGAAGAAAUAGAUGAAAAAACUCCUGAUAUUAUAAAAGAAUUGGGAUUGACUGAUAUGGUGAAAUCAACGAUUGAAGAUAAAGUUGAAGAGUAUGCUAUGAAAGGAUUUAAAGCUUUGGCCAAUGCCCUGGAAAAGAAACAUAAAGAUGUUGGUGGUGUCACACCGAUUCCUGAUAUAGUUGAUAAAAAGGAAUAA